GUAAAUAUUCUGUGCUUUUUCUUGUGGUUUGAACAGUAAGAUACUUGAACAAUGAAUCGCCGUCAAACCCCCAAUGAGUUCCUGCAGCAAAUCAUCGGUCGCCCUGUAGUGGUGAAGUUGAACUCCGGCGUAGAUUACAGAGGUGUGCUGGCGUGUUUGGACGGUUAUAUGAACAUCGCUCUUGAGCAGACCGAAGAAUAUAUGAACGGUCAACUCAAGAACAAAUAUGGCGACGCUUUCAUCCGUGGCAAUAACGUUCUUUACAUCUCGACUCAGAAACGACGUGUGGCUUAGAAUCCCUCCAGUUCGUUAUCUGCUAUGAUCUCUAGAGUUGUGUUGAGUGGAAGUCCCGUUUCUUGAUUUAAUCUAUACCAGGUUGCAGUUUCUAUUUUAUAGCUAUCAUGACUGAUCACAUGAUAAUGGCCCGCCAUACAUUUAGGCCUUGUUUUGUUAACAUCAUUAUCUUAACUACGCUCCCUUGCUAUAUUUUCCGGUCAACCUGGUAUUGAUUAACCUGAAGCGCACAUGUGGUAAACAUGUAUUCGUUUUUUUCCAAGUCUUCAUAACAUUUUUAAGUAAAUCAAUCAUUGCUGUACCAGACUUGCAUAUCUCGAUUUUCAUCAGGUUGAACUCAUAGACGUAUCAUCAGGUAAAAGCUCCUUCAAAUCAACAGUAAUAUCGUUGCUAGAACGUAUCGGUAUCUGUCAACCCCCCUAUUGUUUAGUCUCAUUUUUCAACAGUUCUCCUCAGUUUUGUACGAUCUCAUUCAAAUGUCAUUUUUCAUUUGAACGAAUAUUUAUAUAUCCGUUCGUUAGAUCAUGAGCUUCAUUAGCAGAUUAUUCGGAAUUUCAUCAAAUGAAAUUUAAUCUGCGUUACUAACAAUCCGAAGUAGAAAUUUUACUCCGAGUAAAUUAAUUUGUUCUUUCUUUGAAGACGCUUUGAAGUUUUACACUAUUUGAGCAAUAUCAUCUCCAUAUUUAAUUCGUUUUUCCUUUCUGGUAUUCAGUUUCAAAAUUCGUUUUCAUAAUUGUUGCAUCUACUGCGGUAGUCUACUAAAAGGUGUUCAAUAUUCUUUGAAAUGUUCAAUAUGUUUUUGAUUGUUUGGUUGAAUAUUUUUGAGCAUUUAGAUUCAGGAUAUUAUUAUGCUGUUGAAUAAAAGACGUUCAACCCCUAUUAGCGCAUCAUUUUAAAAUGUUAAACAAAAUUACUACCGUUAUCAUUGUAUUGUUCUCGUUUGCGUAUUUAUGUGUACAAUAAACGUGCACUGCUUGUGUUAUUGAUACGACUGAGAAUCCAGAAUUCAGUCUAUACCGUAAGCCUGACCAUAAUGGAUGAAUUUUGAAGUGUUAAUAUUUACAAAGCACGCGCUUGUUGUACUAGGAGCAGCUAUUAAAACAAGCUGAACGUAAAGGCAACGUCUAAUUUCGAUAUUAUGACUUUUUUUAUGAAUAAAUAUGAUUUCUAA